ACAGACAGACAGACAGACAGACCAACAAACAAGGACAUCUUCAUUGUAUUUUUCUGAUUGAUGAGUCUCCGAUCACAGAGAGAUGUAUCCAGAUGAAUAUGAAAAUAUCCACCAGACUGAAGAAAGAGGAGAAAUGGUCGAGAUGGAGGUGGAGAUCUACGAGAGUGCAGACACUGUUAGAGCCCCUGGUCCAAUCACAGACAAGGAGGAUGAAAGUACGAAAAAGGAGCUACACAGUCAGCAUAACGAUGGAGACUCUGCAGGAAGCAGAUGCUACAGACUGGUUGCCGUGGUUCUGGGGCUGCUGUGUGUUCUCCUGCUGACUGCCAUCAUACUGCUGUGGUUCAAGUUCGCUGUAGAGAUUGACCAGUUACAGGCCACUAACUCUAAUCUGACUGCAGAGAGAGACCAGUUACAGACCAGUUACACCAACCUGACUACAGAAAAAGACAAGUUACAGAUCAGUAACACCAAUCUGACUGCAGAGAGAGACCAGUUACAGACCAGUUACACCAAUCUAAAUAUGAAAAAAUACCAGUUACAGAAGGAGAGAGAUGAUCUGCAGAAGAGACUUUCUGAUCUGAAAACCAAGAUUAGGGAGGGAUGGAAAUAUUUCAGCUCCAGUCUUUACUACAUCUCUACUGAGAAGAAGAGCUGGAGUGAGAGCAGACAGGACUGUAGAGAAAGAGGAUCGGACCUGCUGAUCAUCAACAGUAUAGAGGAACAGGAAUUCAUCAAUAAAGAAUUUGGCAGAACUGAAGCUUGGAUAGGUCUGACUGAUGCAGUAACAGAGGGGAUCUGGAAAUGGAUGGACGGAUCAGUUCUGACCACUGAAUUCUGGUGGACGGGAGAACCUAAUGAUUAUGGAGGAGAUGAGGACUGUGUUAUAACUGGGUUCCACAACACUGGAUUUAGUUCAUCAACCUGGGCUGAUUAUCCCUGUCAUCGCUCUGAAUUCUGGAUCUGUGAGAAAGGUGUAACUGAACUGUAACUGAGAGUAAUCUGUGUAUUUAUGUUUAUGCAGUUUUUCAUACUGACUCACAUUCAUUCUUAAUACUUACAUAUCAUCAUUGUAUUUAUUCAUAACCUCUUUAGUGUGUUACUCAUAUUUCUAAAAUGUUUAUAUAAUAAGCUGUCCACCAGGGGGCGCUAUAAACCUUCAAGCUGCUGUUGUGUCUUUGUUAGAAGCUUCUACAGUUAAAGUGGGUUUUACUAUGGUGUUAAAUGAAGGAAUUACUGUAAAUCUACAACAAAUUGUGUAAAUAAAAGCUACAGCUGAGCUUCUUGCUAUUAAAGUGAAUUUAAACGACUGUUAGCUUGGUGAUAUCUAAGAGGUUGUGAUGUAAUUCUUAUGGAAAUCACUCUAUUUCUAUCAUCUGAAGCCUGGGAGUUCUGGAAGGGAGGCCUUCAUCUCGAGGAGUGUGC